AUGGAGAAGUCCAAUAAGGAUGUUGAGGCUGGCAAGGGACCAUCGUCUGUCCCUCAUUGGCGCCUUGUUUUCGACCAAGGCCUCGUCACUGAUGAAGUUAUGAACUGGAACUAUCCAGGCUCUGGAACUGAAGAGGAUCCCUAUGUUGUCAACUGGAUCCAGAAUGAUCCCCGCAAUCCGCAGCUGUUCUCAAACUGGAAGAAGUGGGGUCUUACCAUGCUUGUAGCCAUUGCUACCCUCGCAGUCGCCUUCGUCUCUUCCGCAUAUUCUGGUGGUAUCAGGGAGAUCCUGGUCGAGUUCCAUUCUUCGCAGGAAGUUGGUAUUCUGGGUGUUUCUCUGUUCGUUUUGGGUUUCGCCAUUGGUCCGCUUCUCUGGGCGCCACUUUCUGAAAUGUUUGGCCGUCAAAUUCUCUUCAUCCUAACCUAUGCCGGUUUGACAGCAUUCAACGCUGGAGCUGCUGGUGUCAACUCUAUGGCCGGCCUCAUCGUCUGUCGAUUCUUCGCUGGUGCCAUCGGAUCUUCUCCUCUCACCAACGCUGGUGGUGUCAUUGCUGACAUGUUCUCGGCCAACCAGAGAGGUCUAGCCAUGACUCUGUUCGCCGCUGCUCCUUUCAUGGGUCCUGUUCUUGGUCCUAUCGUCGGAGGUUUUGUUGGCGAGACUAUCGGCUGGAGAUGGGUCGAAGGUGUUAUGGCAAUCUUUACCGGUGUGCUCUGGAUUGCUGGUACGCUGCUCAUCCCUGAGACUUACCCUCCCGUGCUUCUUCGCAAGCGUGCUGCAAAGAUGUCGAAGAUGACCGGCAAGGUCUACCGCAGCAAGGGUGAUGUCGACCAAGGCCCUACAACUUUCGGCAAGGUCUUCAAGACUUCUCUCCUUCGCCCCUGGGUAUUGCUCUUCCGCGAGCCAAUCGUCCUUCUCUUGUCGAUCUACAUGGCUAUCAUUUACGGAACUCUCUACAUGCUCUUCGCCGCCUUCCCUAUCGUCUACCAGGAGAACAGAGGCUGGAGCCCUGGUAUCGGUGGUCUGGCUUUCCUCGGUGUCGCCGUCGGUAUGAUCGGAGCUGUCAUUUACUCUAUCUUCGACAACAAGCGUUACGUCAAGAUCUCCAACUCACACGGAGGCUUCGCCCCUCCUGAGGCCCGUCUUCCUCCUUGCAUGUUGGGUGGCAUUCUGUUGCCUGUCGGUCUUUUCUGGUUUGCAUGGACCAACUCGCCCUCCAUUCAAUUCAUGGCUUCAAUCGCUGCUGGUGUACCCUUCGGUUUCGGCAUGGUAUUGGUAUUCCUCGCGAUUAUGAACUACCUCAUUGAUUCGUACACCAUUUUCGCAGCUUCGGUGUUGGCGGCCAACUCGGUCUUGCGUUCGCUCUUCGGUGCCGCUUUUCCCUUGUUCACCACUUACAUGUACCAAAACCUCGGCAUUCACUGGGCAUCGUCCAUCCCAGCCUUCUUGGCCUUGCUUUGCGUUCCUAUGCCUUUCUUGUUCUACAAGUUUGGACCAAAGGUUCGUGAGAACUGCAAGUUUGCCAAGCAAUCUAUGGAUUUCAUGAAGAAUAUGCAAAAACAGAUGGCAGGUGGUCAAGACAAGGAGGAGGAGGAGAAGGAAGAACAAGAGGCCUUCGACUACUCCUACGAGGAUGAGUCGCACGGUGACGCCGAGACGCCAAAGUUCGAGGAGAUCAAGACUGGAAAGGAGAAGCAGGCACAAGAUGGUGGCAGACUGUCUCGCACCUCUACCUACGAGCACUCUCCCUACGACAUCGAUCGUGUCAACACACGAGACUCAUUCUCCAAGCCCAGAUCUCGUGCUUCGAGCAUUCGCCGUGGUGCUUGA